CUCUUAGUAUUGUUUUUCUCUUGAUAGCGGGCCAGUUUUGCGGGGCCCCGGGAUCCCACCUGUGCCCCACCAUGGCUACGUGUCUAUACUGUCUGUACCUUAUUACAGCUAGGCUGUCGACUACCAACGCUAUAUUGAUUAUCCCUGUAAUACCGCUCGAAUUAUUUGGAUUAUAUAUUUUAUUUUUGUUUUUGGAGUGAUCAAUGGAAUUUGAUGUACAUAAUUAUCAGCCGUUGCAAUUUAUUGGAAAUUAUCAAAAAUAAAAGUUGAUCUGAAUUUGUAAAAUUAAAAUCAAAUUUAUAUUUUAUUGUAUCGUUUGUUAUCAUUUACGAUUAUUUACGUCAUAAACGGCUAUUUUUAUUUGAUAAAUAAACGCGUUUUCUGUAUUAUUAAUUUGGAUGUGUACUGAUGAACGUCUGGUAUUAGUCCCGUAUAUGUACAGCAGCAUAGCAUUCGCAUUGCAUUGCUAUGCCAGUAUACUGUGCUAUCAUAUCGGACGUGAGCCGCUCCCAGUUUACUUAGUUACGGGCUGAACUUCCAGAUGUCGACGACUUUUCCGAGCUGAUUUGUGAAGAAACGUAGUAUCUGUUUUAACAGGUGAUUUGAGAAGGCGCCCUCUAUCAUGUGGGAAAACGUGAACUUCCGUCGUCUCCUUGGAGGAGCAUCUAAAAAUGGCUACCAAGGCUCAGCGAAUUUCAACACGAGAGACGUUGAUGAAGUACCUGUUAUAUUCCAAGAACCAUUUGUCAAAUAUGGAUACAGAGAGCCCCACCAUAGUCUAACCUACUACGCUAAGAGUUUCCUUGAGCUUCACAAUGAGAGUCUCAACGUAUGGACACAUGCUGCUGCCUUCUCAAUCCUAUUCUACCAGUCCUUCAAGUUCUGUGCUCCCCUGGAUAUCUAUGGUGAUCCCUAUGCCCUGAUCUUUGUGAUCUUCUGUGGAUGUUGCUGCGUGCUUCCCCUGAUGAGUGCCCUCGCUCAUCUCUUCCAUUCGCACAGCGAGCUGACGCACUACACCUGUUGGUUCAUCGACUACCUCGGAAUGAGCAUUUACGGCUUCGGUGGCUCCCUCGCCCACUUCUACUUCUCGGCGCUUCCCUCUUUCGUCCGCUCCGUCAGCUGGUUCUUCAUGCCCAUGAUGGUUGUCCUGAGCUACGGUGUCUGCUUCUGUUGCAGCUAUGCGAAGUACCGCUACAAGCGUCCUUACCCCUUUGCACGCAAGCUGUGGCAGUUGGGCUCCGUUGGGGCGGGUUACGUGCUCAUCAUAGCGCCCAUCUACCACCGCCUUCUAGGCUGCUUCUUCUCAAAUCAACCCCUAGACAGCGCCCUCUUCUUUCAUUUCAUCCAGGUAAGCUUCAUCUACCCGAGUGUCUUCUUCUUUGCCAUGCCGUACCCGCAGAAGUUUCACCCUGGUAAGUACGACAUCCUGGGGCAUGGUCAUCAAUUAUUUCACGUUGCUAUGGCCUUUGUCAUGUACUAUCAAAUGAAAGCUGCCCAUUUAGACUUCCUUCAUCGACGGGACGAGUACUCGACCCUCACUGAUCCUUCAUUCUUAGAGGCUAUGUUUUAUAUCUCCGUCCUGGUCAUUGCUGAUGUUGCAACGUUGUUUGCGUUCAGGCAUAAAGUAUGGCAGAAGAUAAUCAAGGUCGGUAUGGAUUAAUGAUGGUGAAUUUUUUUGUAAUAAAAUGGAAAAUGAAAAAAUAGUUCUUUCAGUACACUUUGAUAUUUUUCACAGGCUAAUAUAUAUAUGUUUGAUGUUGGAACGCAAAAAAAAGUUUUGAUGCAAGGGAGUUGGCAUGCGGAGUAGAUUUAUUAUAUUAUCUAGGCUAGGUUUAAUAGCUUGCUGUGCAAAAACCUUGAAUCAUGUAUAAAUUGAUAGGAGUUUAUAUAUUCUUUAAUAUCAAAAUACUCUUUACUGCAUGAUAAUACAAUCUUGCUAUUCUUUGUAAAAGAAUCUGAAAUUCGAUAUUACAGAAUUGAAUGAUUUAUGGAUAUCUUUUUCAAAUGACAGAGACAAGUACUUGUAAUACAACGAGUGGAAUAAACCUGCAUUGUAAUUUACACAAGAAUGCUGAAAGUCAAUAAUGAGUGAUGAUAGUUGAAGCCUAAAAUUCUCUAUGGUCAUGACGCUAUCAUAUAUUCAGUUAUUGACUUUAUAAAUAUGGCAUUUCACAUUUUACCAUAUUGUUUUAAUUCAGUACUCUUCUCUAAAUCUAUUCCAGAAUACAUGGUAUGGAAUGAAUGGUGUACACAAAGAAUGCAAAAGUGUUGCAUAUGUACAACUGUAUCUCUAUUGUCACUAUGUACUGGAAUCGGAUGUUCCAUGUACAUGUCCAUGUACAAAGUAUAUGGGAAUCAUAGAAUCAAGUUAAUGUAUCAAAACAAAAAUUCCAUUCUGUUUCAAUUAACAAAUUGAAAGUGCUUUGUAGUCAGAAAUGAGUCAAUGUAUCAAAUUUAUUUUUCCUCAAUAUCAAUCAGCAAAUUGAAUCACUUAUUGUUGUCACGGUUUCAACAGUCAAGGACUCACUAUUACCUUCUAAUAUUAGAACCACAAGCCCUAGAGGAUGAUAAUUAUUCUGUAAUUGUCCGUCUCCACCUUGUUCGAUGGUAGUCUAUCCACAUACCAAUGCAGUUAUGAAUGUGCAAAAAUGUAUGCAUGAUUUUCAGAAUACUGAGUUGUUGGAUUUAAUGCAGACUUAGUAUAGAAUACAGUAGUUAUUGCCACCAGUAAUAUUUGGAGAAUUAUUACGUUGAUUUUGAUAGCAGAAAUAGUGCAUUUAACUGUAAUGUACCGUAUAAUACUCCUCAAAAGCCAAAAGGUCUAUAGUGUACUGUACAUUCUUAUGUCAAAUUAUCUACUUUUCCUGGCUACAUGAAUGUUGCCUAAUUUGCCCAGUAAUCUUCAAAUUGGUUAGAAUCCUACUUUUAUGAUACCAAGAAAAAACAGAGAAAAUAGAAGGUAGCAUUCUAUAGAGCAGAGAUACUGUAUAUUAAAGCCAACACUUGAUUCUGCCAUCAAUUGCUCGUGGUCGAUUUGUCAGAGGUGUUAAUAGGUUAAAACUCUGUAAUGUGCUGACUUUUGGCUUGGGUUUCUCGGCAGAUGAAUUUUCAGAUAUGAAUUGAUAACAAUAGCAAUGGCAGAUGUACAUGUAGUGACGGCUGGGCAUAAUAAGUUAAUAACUGUCCUGUCAAGUAGUACGGAUUAUCCGUAUUUGGUACUGAAAAAUUAGAAGAAUACAAAAUACUGAUUUCUAAAGUUUCUGUUUAAUGUGUUGUCCUACGUUAUUUCUUUUAAAAUACUGAUUUCCUCACCAAAAUACUGAUUUUCUGAUUUUAUAAUACUGAAAUGUUCUUGUUCAGGUUGCCAGCUCUGUUAAACUGUAAUAUUAAACCGCUUUUACCCGAAAUUCUCAAUUGUUUGAUAUUUUAAAACUAAAUUGUUUAUGGGCUAUGAUAUAUAUUCUAAUUUUUUUCUUCCAAGGAAUAUCUUUUUAAAUGAAUCCCUUUCCUUUUUACCACAUCAAACAUAUUUUGGUACAAGUAUAAUACUUCAGUACUCCUGUCUUGUAAUAGUUUACUUCAUACCUAUCAUGAUCUUGAUCAAAUACAUUCUAGUCUGAUAGGCUCUCCUUACAUGUAGAAUACUACAUGAUGUACAUGUAGGAGUGCUUUCACAUGAAAUUUUCCUCUGUAAUGCAAGCACGCAUCAAAUUAUUCAAAUUCCAACAUAAUUACAGUACGCAUUAAGAGUUGUGUAUGGGACAGUGUGUGUCAAUCAUGAAUGUACAUGCAUGUGUAUUUAAGAAUUAUCUCAACUUUAGCAUGAACAUAUAUAUAUAUACAAUAUGUUGACACUUAAGUGCUUUAUGGUGCAAAAUGAAUAAAGUCGAUGCUUUCAUGUCUGUACAUAUCGCUUUGGUGUGUAGUCUACAUGUCCUCUGUGUAUAAUCAUCUAUUUUGAAAACAUCUCUUUUUUUAAUUUGUAAUUUAUUCAAUUCAUCAUCAUAUUCACUGUGCAAGGUGUUUGUUUUGUAAAUAUUUGCAGAAUAGAAUACGCUGCGUUUUUCAAUCGAUCUCUUACGCCACUAGUGCUCCCUCUAUAGACAGAAAAUAGAACAACUUUAAUUUAAUAGCAAUCACAAUGAUCAGAGGCAGAGAUGAUAUGUUAGAAUGAUUAUUAAUUAGAAUUGUUAUUUUAACUGACAUCUAUGAAGCUUUAUGUUGAAAAGGAAUCUCUUUUGAAUGGCAUUGUAAUCUUUAAGAAAAUUGAUGUUAUUUAUUGAUCAAUAGAAAACCCUUGAAGAAAAAUGAUCCCUUUCUACUACACACUGCACACCAUAUGUACACUAUGUAUAUGUAUAAAACAUACAUGAAAAGGCGUAUGAGACAGCUCUUCCAUGAAAUCAUGUGUAGUUUGUACAUAUAUCUUGAUCUCUUGUUCAAUAAGCAAGAUAUAUUAUCCAUCUUGUACAUGUAUUACAUGUCUUACAUGUAUGUCUGCUGCACAUGAGAAUACGUGUCAUUCAUAUUCUAGAUGUAAUGUAAAUAUUGAUAAAUGUGGUGUAUAAAGUUUGAUCCAAAUCAUUAUUUAUAACAAACUCAAGUGUGUAGUCUGAAUAAUUAUUUAUCAUGUCAACUUAUGAUGGAAACUUAUAAUUUAUGUUUACUUUAAUUAUGUACAUGUAGUGCAUACAUGUACAUUGUAGUUCUACUUGUUCAAACAUAAGUCAGAAAUGAACCUGUUUGUUUGUUUUGUGUGUACUUGCAACUUAAUUGAAAAAAAAAAAAAAAAAAUCACAUUUCUGCUUGAGCCACAAAAAUGAUUAAAUCUUAAAGAUGUAUGAUUUGUGCAAAAAUAUAAUAAUAAAUAAAAUGAAUUGGUAUUGUACGUAUGUGGACAUUGAUUCAUAUGUGAUCUCUACUUUGCUACUUGUUUUAGCUAUCCAUUCACUUUUGAUUAUUUCUUUUUAUUUCCAAUGUUGCUUUACAGGGUAUUUAUUCCCCAAUUUCAGCUAUUAUUUUUCAUUCCAUUAACCCUUUUAUUUUUUAAAGGUCACUUGAAUCACUUUGAAUUUAUUAUUAUUGUGACAAUUUGAGGGGGAAAAAAAUCAUAUUUGUCAUGGAAUAAAAUAUAAUGAGGUUAUACAAAUUCCUCUGUCUAUUUUAGAUAGCUCUUUUGAAUGGGUAAUGUGGAAUUCAAACAUUUGAAUCAAGGUUAUACACAGAUUUCUAUUUUUUUGUUAAGUUUUGUAUACCGGUAUUUUUCGUUUUAUUUGAUUUGAUUUGUUGUUCAUUUUGUCUGGUGUACAAUUUGUGUGUUUCUUAAUACAUGUGCCACUAACGUUCAUUAUCAUGGGAGGCUUGUUGGUCGACCAAUUUUUCCUAACACAAGAUAACACGUGCUGCCGAUAGGAAUAGAGAAAUUGAUAAAUAUAUUGAACUGAAAAAUGAAUCCAGAAGGCAGGGAAGAAUAAGAAUUAAUCAGUACAAAUCACAGAUUCCAGGAAAAUUAGUAUUUAAAUUGAAAAAGAGGAAUACUGUGAUUGAAACAUGGUGUUAAAUACACUCUUGUGUCAAUCUCGUAUGAGUGACUUCACAAUUAAGGGCAGCGCAGCGGAAAAUGUAUUAUGAAAUGCACAAAUUAUUUAAGUUUUAUUUUUUUAAAUAGAAUACAUGUACUACAUGUAUGCAUGAAUCAAAUGCAUACAUGUACAUCAGAGUUCAUCAUCUUUAAAAAUAUAUUUUUCAAUAUAGCUUUCUGAAUGGGCACAAGCUUUUUUUUAUGUAUUAGAAGUUUAUUUGAAUAUUUUUAGUUGAUAGUUUAUGCAGCUGUUUGCUCUUGAAGGAAUUUACCAUUUUUAAAUGUUGAACCAUGAGCACACUAUGAAAAAUGGCCUGCGCAUGCUGUGAUCAAUGGUUUUCUGAUGUUGAUAUAUAAUUAGCAGUGGGAGGAGAAGAUGUUUUGUUACGUAUACGCAUGAAACUCUGAUAACCAACUCUGGAUACAUACAUGUAUGUUAAAUUUUGAAAUAAAAUGAUUGAAAUCUUCUGUAACUCCAA